UGUAGACCUAGAGUAGUGUAGACUUCGGGCAUACUGUAACCAUGGUAACCACACAGAACUAGACAGUAGAUUUACGUUUUCAUUGCUAUUCACGUUCACUUCAUGGAAAUACAGUUACCGCGGCGCAAGAUCAAAAACAGGCGAUAUGGUUCCAGUCGUAUUGCUGACUGUCCUUCUGGCUCGCGAGGUCUUGUCUGCCAGGGCUCCAGGAGAUACACGACCAAACUUCGUUAUCUUCCUUCCCGAUGAGACGCGAGCCGAGAGUAUUGGCGCCUAUGGCCACCCAUUUGUCAGGACGCCAAACUUGGACGCUUUGGCAGCCAAUGGCACGCUGUUCACGGAUGCGCAUGUCUUGCGUGCGCAGUGUGCACCAAGUCGUUGUGCUAUGAUCACUGGUCGGUAUAUGCACGUACUGGGACAUCGUACACAGACACAUCUGGUGAGAGAGUAUGAACCAAACUUCUUCCGCUAUCUGAAGGAUGCUGGCUAUUACGUGUCAUGGCAUGGCAAGAACGAUAUGUUCUCACAAGCAGCAUUUCCACUCUCCGUAUCAAACUGGACGAAUGACAUUGGUGUUGCCAGUGGACAAAACCCUUACCCAUUUGGUACGCCAGGAUAUUACAGUUUUCUGGCAACGGGUUCCAACAUGUCGGGCAACGACACACAGGGAGGCAACGGGGACUACGAGGCCGUCCUGAAAACCUUGCAGUUCAUGGCCGAUGAUCCACCGGAACCAUUUCUUGUGUUCUUGCCGGGUGCUGGCUCUCACCCGCCAUACGGAGCUCCGAAAGAAUACCAGAACAUGUAUUCUGCAGAGCAAGUGUCUGACAUCGCUCCUCUCCGUCCACCACACGUGCCGAACAAACCUCGCUACCAUGAGGGUAUCAUCACGUCCCGACACCUGGAAUCAUUCAACCAAACCUUCUUCGAGAAGAUCAAUGCAAUUUAUCUCGGCAGAGUCAGCUACCUGGAUUGGAUUCUAGGAGAGCUGGUGAGCGGUAUCGAUGCACUCCCCGCAAUUUCACAGAACACGGCGAUAUUCGUGACGUCCGACCACGGCGACUUUGCCGGCGAUUACAACCUGGUGGAGAAGUGGUGCACGGGCCUGGACGACAUCAUGACCAGGGUGCCGCUCAUCGCGCGAGUGCCUGGCGGAAGCAGAGGUCACGUGGUCAACGCGCCCGUGCAGUCCUUUGAUCUCUUCUACACACUGACUGUGAUGGCCAAGGUGAACGUAUCUCACAUCCACUUUGCUAAAAGUCUUCUCCCUGAGUUGAUGGGUGAUGCUGGUGAUAUGAAUCGCACAGUCUACAGUGAAGGUGGAUAUCAAUACUUCAGAGAAUUUGAACCCAACGAUCCGGAGCAGAAGAAGAUCUAUUCCAAUCCACGGAACCUAUACUACCCCCGUGGUCAGGAAGAGCUAACAGAAGGUUGUCCCAGGGCCAUCAUGGCCAAGACAGCUACUCACAAGCUGGUCUACAGACCUGAAGGUGUCAGUGAGAUGUAUGACUUGGCAACGGACAAGCGAGAGCUCAACAAUGUCUAUAGUAAUCCGAAAUAUCAAGAGAUUCAAAAGAAAAUGAAAAUGGACCUGCUGAGCAUGAUGCUGCGUACAGCAGAUGUGACCCCCGUCCUGGAAGAUCCGCGUGACUUGCCACCAAGCCCCCGAACGUUUCAAAAGGACUAAUAUCAAUCUUUGCUGCCGUCCAGAGACUGCUACAACUCACAUUUUAUUUAAAUUGGUGUCACUCGGAUUUUGUUAAUUAAUCGUGAGAAAAGUCAGCCUUUUACAGGUGGAAUCCUGAUAAUUCGAACCUCAAAAUGCCAGGAAAAAACUUCUAAUUAUCCGGACAUUCUAAUUAUCCAAACAUGAACCCACAACACAAUAUGUAUAUCAAAAUGCUCUCAUCGUCACGCAGAGUUGCGCUAUGGACCUUAGACACAGAUUUCACGGAUACUGAACUGACCAGCACAGCCUGCUCAUGAAAACUGAACUGACCAGUACAAUGUACAGUGAACUUCGAAUUACACUUUGCUAACUUCGAAUUAUCAGCACAAAUCCCACCCAUUUUCUAUGUAAGUGGAAUCUGUGGGACUUCUAAUUAACCGGACAUAUCCAGUUCAAGGUUCUAAUUAUCGGAUUUUUUUCGUUAAGGCCACCCUUUCUUUUUUCGUUGUUUAACGUCCGCGCCCGCGUACCUUUUUGCCUCCGACCGGAAAAAAAACAAGAAAGUAGUAGUACCAAUAAUAUGCGAAGUUGUAAAUACAUGAUUGUGUAGUUUCACAGUGUGCCGAUCAUGACCUUAAACUUAUAAUCUUGCCUCCCGGGCAUGCCUUUGUCUUGUGUUCUUUUUCUUUUUUUGUUGGCUUUUAAAUAUCGUACGGUGUGUGUCCUAGUAAAAAUCCAGAUGUAAUGAAUUCAUGACAUGCUAACUCCAUGCUAUGUACAUGUACCUGUUUUGUUGGAUUCAUCAGGCAUGUGCUCCAAUGUACCAUCAAAGAGUGUUGUUCUAUGCCUGCAAGUGCCGUUAGACCCGGAAAUAUUGUAUAUAUCACAUGCUUUACUGGUCAAAAUGUUUGAUUGGGGUUUCCAGUUUUUGGAAUGGGC